GGGGCCCACUCAGAUUGUACCCGAGAGCAAGAGAGAGGAACUGGGGUGAGCUAGCACUGUGGCUUUGUCUGUUUCCUGUUUCAGCAAGGCUGCCGUGCAAAAAGAAAGACGGUACCAAGAAGGGAAAUGCUAAGGGGGCCCAGAGCCAUGGAUUGAGAGCUUGCAUUUUACUCAGCUGCUGUCCUGCCCCAUCUGAGACCAGAGCCAAGAUCUGCCCAGGAGCUGGAAUGCUUUCCUGAGCUGCUUGGUUUGGAGCCUGGGACCCAAGACCCAGGCAGCUAUUCCAGGAACUGGAAGCCAAGCACAACAGGUGCUCAGGAGGUCAUCAUGAUCAGCCCAGACCCCAGGCCUUCCCCUGGCUUGGCCCGGGGGGCUGAGAGCUAUGAGGCCAAGUGUGAACGCCGGCAGGAAAUCCGUGAGAGCCGUCGUUGCCGCCCCAAUGUGACCACUUGCCGCCGGGUGGGGAAGGCACUGAGGACCCAGCAGAGAGAGCAGCUCCAGAGUGCACGACAACGGGAGUUCUUCAGGAGGAGGGACCUGGAGGUGGAGGAGACAGGCAAGGCCCAGAGCCCCAGGGCCAAGGAGCGAGGUCCCUCCAGGAGGCCAGGCCAGCCAACUGACCUCAAGGAACCCUUGUCUUGGGCCAACAGGAUCUCUUCCCCCCGGCAGCAGGUGUCAGGGACCAGCUCUGAGGUCUUUCCAAGCCAGCAUCACCUUCCCUCAGGCCCCUGGAGGGAUUUGGCCAGCCAGCCCUCCCAGGCUGAGGACCUUUCACUGAAGGAUUAUCCCGCCAAAAAACCACCCAAACACCACCGUGGCACCCAGACAAAGGCAGAAACAGCCCAGCCAGCAAUUAAGAAUGAUGCCAGUCAGCAGACCAAUUAUGGAGUUGCAGUUCUAGAUAAGGAAAUCAUCCAGCUUUCUGAGUACCUCAAAGAGGCCCUACAGAGGGAGCUGGUUCUAAAACAAAAAAUGGUCAUUCUCCAAGACCUACUGUCCACUCUGAUAAGGGCCUCUGACAGCUCUUGGAAGGGCCAGCUGAAUGAAGACAAAUUGAAGGGCAAACUGAGAUCUUUAGAAAACCAGCUGUACACCUGUACCCAGAAAUACUCCCCUUGGGGAAUGAAAAAGGUGUUAUUGGAGAUGGAAGACCAGAAAAACAGCUAUGAGCAGAAGGCCAAGGAGUCACUGCAGAAAGUGCUGGAGGAGAAAAUGAGUGCAGAGCAGCAAUUGCAAAGCACACAGCGGUCCCUGGCUCUGGCCGAGCAGAAGUGUGAAGAGUGGAGGAGCCAGUAUGAAGCUCUGAAGGAGGACUGGAGGAAACUGGGGACCCAGCACCGAGAGCUGGAGAGCCAACUCCAUGUGCUUCAGUCUAAAUUGCAGGGAGCAGACAGUAGAGACCUACAGAUGAACCAGGCUCUGCAACUUCUGGAGAAUGAGCACCAGGAACUACAGGCCAAGAUUGAACUUCUACAGGGGGACAGAGACAGCUCAGAUACCCAACACCUACAAGAUCAACUGAAGAGGUCAGAGGAGGAGAAACUCACCCUGAUGGCCAAAGUACAGCAGCUGCAGGGUCUGCUCCAGAAUCAAUCCUUACAGCUUCAAGAACAGGAGAAACUCUUAACAAAGAAAGAUCAGGCUUUGCCUCUGUGGAGUCCAAAGCCCUCCCAUAAUGAAGUGGAACCUGAGGGUACAGGGAAGGAGAAAGAAUGGGAUUUCAGAGACCAGCUGCAAAAGAAGACUUUGCAGCUCCAGGCCAAGGAAAAGGAGUGCAGAGAACUGCAUUCGGAGUUAGACAACCUCAGUGACGAGUAUCUCUCCUGCCUACGUAAGCUGCAGCAUUGUCGAGAAGAGCUGAACCAGAGCCAACAGCCGCCUCCCAGAAGGCAAUAUGGCCAGUGGCUCUCGAUGCUGAUGAUAAUGAUUGCUAUAGCACUGGCAGUGCUCCUGGCCAACAAGGACAGCCUGAUGAUAUGAAUCACUUGUGACAGCUGCAUGAGUGAAAAUCUGAAGCAAGAAACUUAAUGAAAAAUUCAGAAGGUUUACAUACUUUAAAGUGUGGAUUUCCCUGAGAUUUUUGACUUUGCUAUUAUUUUUUUUUAACCUACUGUAAAAUAAACAAACUUCACCUAA